AUGAAGGUGGUUGAGAAUUCUCAAGAGCCCCACACAGAAGAGCCCCACACAGAAGAGCCCCACACAGAAGAGCCCCACACAGAAGAGCCCCACACAGAAGAGCCCCACACAGAAGAGCCCCACACAGAAGAGCCCCACACAGAAGAGCCCCACACAGAAGAGCCCCACACAGAAGAGCCCCACACACAAGAGCCCCACACAGAAGAGCCCCACACAGAAGAGCCCCACACAGAAGAGCCCCACACACAAGAGCCCCACACAGAAGAGCCCCACACAGAAGAGCCCCACACAGAAGAGCCCCACACAGAAGAGCCCCACACAGAAGAGCCCCACACAGAAGAGCCCCACACAGAAGAGCCCCACACAGAAGAGCCCCACACAGAAGAGCCCCACACAGAAGAGCCCCACACAGAAGAGCCCCACACAGAAGAGCCCCACACACAAGAGCCCCACACACAAGAGCCCCACACAGAAGAGCCCCACACAGAAGAGCCCCACACAGAAGAGCCCCACACACAAGAGCCCCACACAGAAGAGCCCCACACAGAAGAGCCCCACACAGAAGAGCCCCACACAGAAGAGCCCCACACAGAAGAGCCCCACACAGAAGAGCCCCACACAGAAGAGCCCCACACAGAAGAGCCCCACACAGAAGAGCCCCACACACAAGAGCCCCACACACAAGAGCCCCACACACAAGAGCCCCACACACAAGAGCCCCACACAGAAGAGCCCCACACAAGAGCCCCACACACAUGA